AGCCCACCAGGGUGGGAGGCACAAACAUCCAGGUACGCUGAACUGACACUCAGAGGCCUCCGCUGAUCUGUUAUAAUGGCUAAAGCGCUGGUGCUACUGUCUGCUGUUGUGGCGAGUCUGUUCGUCAACCAUGCCGCAACCUCCGAGACGCAGCGGCUCUUCAACAACGCGGUGAUCCGUGUACAGCACCUCCACCAGCUGGCUGCGAGGAUGAUCACAGACUUUGAGGAGACUCUGCUACCCGAAGAACGCCGACAGCUGGCCAAGAUUUUCCCCCUGUCGUUCUGCAACUCGGACUCCAUUGAAGCUCCCACCGGCAAGGAUGAGACCCAGAGAAGCUCUGUGCUGAAACUGCUGCACAUCUCCUACCGCUUGAUUGAGUCAUGGGAGUACCCCAGCACCGUCCUCGGGAACCCCAACCAGAUCACAGAGAAGCUGGCCGACCUGAAAGUGGGUCUCAGCGUGCUCAUCAAGGGCUGUCUGGAUGGCCAGCCCAAUAUGGAUGACAAUGACUCACUACCCCUGCCCUUCGAGGAUUUCUACCAGAGUCUGGGUGACAGCAACCUCAGGAAGAGCUUCCGUCUUCUGGCAUGUUUCAAGAAGGACAUGCACAAAGUGGAGACCUACCUGAGGGUGGCCAACUGCAGGAGAUCCCUGGAUUCCAACUGCACUCUGUAAAGGACCAAACGAAGCACAAUAAGUCACAGCCUGGGAGCUGUUGCUCGAGUACAAAGGAUUUCCAUCUCCAGAUUCUUACUUUAACCUUAAAAAUAUCUGUAAGCUGCAAAAGUCAGUUGACCACCACUGUGAACAGGCUUGGCUGAAUGUGCUCGUCCCUUGCUCGAAGGUUCACUAUACAUUUUUGGUGUUCAUUCUACUGAACGAGGAUAUCAUUCAUAUCAUUCAAGUGUAUUGGAGCAAUGAAUGUCAUUUCUUUGUCUGUGCAACCAAGGUUGUAAACAGGACACAAGCUAUUUCACAGUGGUGCUAUGCAAAUAUGGCUUUAUAUAAAAUAAUCACCAAGACAAAAUAAACCGAUUAUAUCUUUUUAGUGGGUGACUACUGUUGUUGAAUUGGAUUAUCUGAGUAAUGUAAAGUGGCCUUCAUGAAAAUAUACAAUCAUAUUAACAUAUCAGGAAAAAUGAAUGUGUAACAUAUUCAAAUUUUAUUUUAUUAGAAGCUAUAUUCUUAACUUAUUAAUCACCUUCAUCUAUUCUUAUGUAUAAAUCUUUGUGAAAUUGUUUUAGUGAUUUUCCAAUAAAGCUGUUAUCUGCAGUA